AUGGCGUCGAGGCCUGUCACUGGCAUGCGGGUGCCGACAAUGCACGGCAUGACGGGCAGCGUGCUUGGCGGCACAAUGUCAAGUGGCAUGCGUCCAACCACCACCUCCGGAGGCGGCACAACGCUGGGGCGCAUACAAGCCCAGGUACAAGAGGGAACUUUUACCUCAACCGUGUAUGGCUAUAUUCGGGACCACCAGUACGAUGAGGCUAUUGAGAUUCUGCUGCUGCAGCUGGAGGAGUUCCCGCGUAGCCGUGCUGCCAUUUCCCUCAUUGCCUACUGCUACUACCACGUUGGCGACUUUGACGAGUCGGCGCGGAUGUAUCAGCAGCUGGUGAAGAUAUGCCCCAAUGUGGAGGAGUACCGCGUGUACCUUUGCCAGGCGCUCUACAAGGCGGGAGCCUACGCAGAGGCAAGUAAGCUCUGCAGCAUGAUUACGUCCGAGCAGUACGAGAUGCGGCUGAUGAAAUUGCAGGCCUCUAUUGCCUACGAGCAGGGAGAGAUACCACAGACGAAAUCUUUUCUUGAAAAAUGUCCACCGGAGGACCCGGAUGUAAUUGUUCUACAGGGAUGUGUCUUGUGUAACGAGGGAAACUUCGAGGAGGCGCUGGAGAAGUUUCAGGAGGCUCAGGCCGGACUCGGCUUCAAACCAGAUCUCGCGUACAAUAUUGCCCUCACGUACUACCGCAUGCAGCAGUACGGGCCGUCGCUGAAGCACAUUGCAGCGAUCAUCGAGCGGGGCAUUCACGAACACCCGGAGCUUAACAUUGGCAGUAACACCGAGGGCAAUGAGGCUCGGUCGGUGGGCAACACUCAAUUGUUGAAGGAGACAGCUCUUGUGGAGGCGUUCAACCUCAAGACCGCCAUAGAAUUUAUGAUGAAAAACAUCCCGGCAGCGAAGGAGGCGCUUACCGACAUGCCACCGCGUCUGCAGGAGGAGUUGGACCCCGUUACACUCCACAACACCGCCCUCGUGAACAUGCCGGAGGACCCAUCCAGCGGCUUCAGCAAACUCAACUUUUUGUUGCAGAACCCACCGUUUCCGCCGGAGACGUUUCAAAACCUCCUGCUAUUUUACUGCAAGUACCAAUACUUUGAUCUGGCGGCCGACGUUCUUGCGGAGAACCCGCACCUCAGCUGGAAGUACCUCUCCCAUAAAAAUCAGUUCCUCUACGACUUUCUUGACGGCCUCAUUACGGCGCAGACGUCGCCCGCCGAGGCGUACCGGAAGUUUGACAUACUAGCACAAAACCACAUUGACCAGCUGCGCAAGCUGACCAAGAAGCUGCAGGAUGCCAAACAAAGUCACGACAAGGAGAGUCUUCGCAUGGCGCUGCGCAACUACGACGACGCCUUGGAGGAGUACAUUCCGGUGCUUAUGGCGCAGGCAAACAUUUACUGGGAGAUUGAAAACUACCCCAUGGUGGAGCGACUCUUUCGUCAGUCGGCGGAGUUUUGCUCAGAACACGAAAUCUGGAAGCUCAACGUCGCCCACGUCUUCUUUAUGCAGGAGACGAAGUUCCGUGAGUCGAUUCGCUACUACGAGCCAGUUGUGGAGGCAAGUCAAGAAAAUCUGUUAAACUGCAGCGCCAUUGUUCUCGCCAAUCUCUGCGUUGCGUACAUCAUGACUGCUCUGAAUGAUAAGGCGGAGGAUAUCAUGCGCCGCAUUGAGCGUGAGGAGGAAAAACUGACCUACGCCGAUCCAGAUAAGCAGCCACUGCACCUCUGUAUUGUGAACCUUGUCAUUGGCACACUGUACUGCUCGAAAGGCAACUUUGAAUUUGGCAUUUCGCGCGUUAUCAGGUCGCUGGAGCCGUACCACCGCAAGAUCAUGACGGACACCUGGUUCUACGCCAAGCGGUGCUUCCUGGCGCUUGCGAUGCAUCUUGCGAAGCACAUGGUGGUUCUCAAAGACUCCACCUUUGAGGAGAUUCUCACCUUCUUUGAUCAGGCCGACCACUACGGCGAGAAAAUCCCCGCCUUUGUACACCCAGACCCCAGCAAACAGGACACGUCCGCUAGAAACACCGUACGCUGGGAGGCGCGGCAGCUCAAGCGCCUCUAUCUCCAGCUUGCCGAAUAG